ACUGUCAUUAUCAGUCAGUUGACAACAUAUUCGCGAGGUUCAGGCUCGCCUGACACUGGAAACAUUAUUGGUUAUAUAAUUCAUUAAUCAGUGUCAAAUUCUAAAUCUUCAAAAUGGGAAAGCAUUUUGGAGAGCUUGCUAAAAUUCGAGGGCUAAUUACCUACAAGUUGUCACCUCAUGAACAACGUGCGUACGCGGGAGCCAUUUCAGGUGGAUUACCCAACAUUUUCCGCAGGUUCCGCGAGAGUGUAUUCAAAUGGGCCCCUCCUUUCAUCAUUGGUUACCUGGUAUAUGAGGGAGUUGAGAGAGAACACCACCGCCUAGCUCGCAAGAAUCCCGCAGAUUUUGAAAAUGAUCAAUAAAUAACUGUUGUAAUUAAAUUAUCAAUUAUAAUUAUUUAUGUAUUAGAAGAAUAAUUAAAACCGAUCCCUUGACAA